UAACACCACUCUGAGAGUGAUUCGGCAAGAAGCAGCAUCCUGUGCCAACGAGCUGUAGGGUCCAAAAUGGAGUAACGCUAAAGACAGUGCAGUCGGGAAUCCCACUGAAUGUAAUUCAGCAUUCAAACAGAAAUUGCUCCGUCGCAGGUGAAAAUUAAGACAUAAAGAAACCGCGGGGAAGUCGGCGUUGUUGUUGUUGCUGCUGUCGAGCUAGCUGCGCAAAACAGUUAAGAAUGGAGCCAUCAGAGCAGUCAGGCCCAGACUCGGGCUCUCAGGAUGUCAACCCUGUGUUUCUGCAGCAGCUCAGAGAGCUGGACAUCCCAGAGGAAGCAGCCAAACAGGCACUUCUGCACACCCGGAACGUGUCUGCCGAGGAGGCGGCCAUGUACUACUUCAACAAGCUGGAGAAUGAGGAGGAGGGAGACGAUGACCUCAUGUUUAAGAUGGUGUUUGUGGUGAACAUGGACCUUGCCAUGGGUGUUGGAAAGGUGGCAGCCCAGGUUGGCCAUGCUGCUGUGGGUUUGUACCAGGCUCUGCAGGAGAAGAACAGCUGGAGGGAGAUGGCCUGGAAGUGGGACCACAGCGGAGCCAAGAAGGUGGUGGUCCAGGGCACUAAUGUGGCUCAUCUACUGGAGCUGCAGGCUCUGGCUAUGAGCCUCAGCCUGCCCACUUACCUGGUCCAGGAUGCAGGGCUUACCCAGGUGGAGGCUGGGUCCCGCACUGUCCUGGCCAUAAUGGGCGAGGAGGAGAUGGUGAACAACGUCACUGGGAGUCUGAAGCUGCUCUGAGGGGCUCAAACCCACAGUGGGGGAGGCAUGGCUCUGCAGUGCCACUGUGCAACCAGCAGAGGGCAGCAUUUCCCAGCGGCACGGAGAGUCUUGGCAUGCAAGAGUGUAACAACCUUUUAAAAAGACCUUAAGAACGGGGGAAUGUCCCAACACCAGAAAACAAACACUCUCAGCCAUUUGUUUCCCUUUCAUUCUUUGUCGCCGCUUAGUCGGCCGUUGAGAGCAGGAGGGGAGAGAGACCGGUUCUUCACAGGGGAACAAGACGAAGGCAGUCUUUUUCUUUUUGGUGACCUUUCUCUUUUUUUAACAGGCCACUUGCUUAGAGGAGUCUUAUUAGAAUCACUUUCCAAACAGUUCUAGUCUGUUGUCCAGUUUCAGAUUUGACAAAGUCAAAUAAAUUUUUGUUUGAUGGUUGACCAAUAUUGGAAUUAUGCGUACUUAUUAAAGGGGCCGUGUACUGUAGCCUAAUACAUAAUGUAAUUAUAAUUACACCCAUAGCAGAUGUAGUAGUCCCCUGUUGGAUCCACUACCCCUGAGUGAAGGGUAACUUAUUAACUUAACUAUGUGAACACUCAUUUUUGACGUUUAAAUGAUUUUGUGUCUGUAUGCGACUAUUCUCCCAAAGAUCCCUACCCUGUAGACUGAAUAACACUAAUUAUUAUUAUUAUUAUUAUUAUUAUUAUUGAUAAAUGGCUAUAUUUUGUAUACAUAUGCCUGUUAGGGCCAUAUACUGUAUAAUCUGUGGUGUGCCAUCCUAACAGUAUGCACAGUUACUGGACUUUGUUGUAUUGUAUUUUUUUUUCUUUAUGCAGAAGGAAAAAACCUUGAGUUAUACUUUUUGGAUUUCUUGGUAGAAUUUGAUGGUGGGUGAGUGUCUGUGGAGCCAAAAUGUCAUGUAGUAAAGGUUUGUACUAGGCCUGACUUUAUGCACAUUGCCUGUUGUGGAAAGUUUACAAUAAUGAAGUCGAUCAACGUACAGCUUGAGAGAACGCAGAUGAUGUAUGACAACUGUUAAGGACUUGGUGAAACGUCUUGCGCACUAAUAAUCUUAACACACAUAGAAUGGUGUGUGAGCUGUCAAGUGUCUUAUGUUCUCACUAACAAAUAUUUGUGGCCAUGAGCUGCCACUCCCAUAAUUCUUAGCUAAAUGUCAACGAUUUUAUUUGUAAUAGAAAUCUUUAAAAAAAAAUGGCAGUGUUAUGCAUGCAGUGUAUAUUUGAACAGACCAUUGGAAUCCCAAAGUUAUGUCAAUUUUAGUAACAUGUCCACACUUUGAUACCUCCUGUGUUAUAAAGUCAUUUGUGUGAGUGCUUCAGACUAUGGAGACAAUUAAAAGGCCUCCAGAUUAAGUAACAA